AGUUAUUGAAUGGUUAAGCGAUUUCUUUUAUUGCAUUGACUUUGGUGCGGGCAGCGUGGGUUCAAUUCCCGCUGAGCGAUUGCGCCGACGUGACCAGUUGCCUUUUCGCCCCACAUCAGCUGGGAUAGGCUCUCGCGAUCCGUGACCCUUGUGAGGAUAAGCGGCUCGACAAAUGGAUGCACAUAGUCGAUAGAUUAAUUGGAAAAUGUUCGUCGUUUAUCAACCAAUUGGGUUAUUUAAAAACAUAUUCAAGUGACAAAUUUUGACGUAGACUUCAUAUUUUAAUUUUUGACCUCAUCCACGGGUGACCUCGCCCAUCUGUGUCCCCCUUUUUGGAAAUCCGAAGGCUUCUUUUUCUUGGCUGUCGCUCAGCCUCAAUCAGCUUCUUGCCGUUUUUGACCAAACGCCGAGUCGGAUCUGGGCCAAAGGGGGACGUCCCGACAGCUCCGCUCGUCUGAUGGCUUCCAGAUGCGAGCGCGGUGCGGCGAGGCGACACGAGACCGCGGCCGACCAGAAGAUGAACGACGCGUCCCGAUGGCCUCCGACGCGCUCCUGCUGGUUUUGCUCAUCUUCGGCCCGGCGGCCCCGCUCGGCUUUGUACCCGGCGCCGUUGCAUCCGAAGUGGGCAACGCCGCGGCUGCCGUCUCCUUCCUUGCAGAAAUCCGCGGAGGACGUGGAGCUUCCGUUUGAGCGCGCGCAUUGGAACGCACUGUUGUCCGGCGCGGAGAUCCGAGGAGAGGAUCCGCUCAUCAUCCCCGACGCGGAGCUGGCGUCCCUCCGGCGGGCUCGGUCGCUGGAGCUCCUCUGCGACGGCGUCCUCCCCGAGACCCUCCCGGAGGUUCUCCGUCUGUCCGCCGGGCCGGACCGAUGCCGCCGCCCCGCGAGCGCGACGGACUUUGAGAGGACCGUGCUGACGCUGGUGUACGCCGCCCAGACGGCAGCGAGGGCGGAGAGGCGCCGGGCCUGGGCCGGUUCCCUCGUCCGCCUCUUUCGGGCCGUACGGAAGGACCUCGGGCCCUCGGCGACAGGUUUUCCUGUUCAAUUUGUCAAUCGCUCACUCCAGUGGACAGGGAUUUAUUUUAUUUUUUUUUUUUAAGUAGCGAUCCACUAUAGGUACUGACGUACGUCGUGUUUUAUGGCUUAACAAGUAUUUGCUCGUGCUCACAUCAUCUUUCUUGUCAUUGUUUCAUUUCCGACUGCAGCCAAAGACCGAUCGGGGUGGAAAUGAAAAGCGACGGGGAAUUUCCUGCCUUUGCGUGAGGAGGAUUCUGAUGAAUAUUUGAGGGAUAUUGAUGGCGCGGAAGGACGCUUCAUCUUGACAAAGGGAAUUUAUGAAUAUUUCAGCUAAAUCUGUUUCACCCGUAUUUACAUUGUAGCGUAAUGCUGUACUUGCUGGAUGAGCUGUUAAAUAUUAAAGUCAUCAAUCUAUGAAUUAAUUGUUGCAUUUCUCGUCUUCGACAGAUUGUAGCUACAAUUCAUCAUCCAUAUAAUGUGGAGACAGCGCC